CCCUGAAUUAAAAGUAAAACAAGAUGUAUCUACUAGAUGGAACUCUACUUUAAUUAUGGCAGAAAGACUAUUAGCGAUUAAAGACCCAUUAUCAGCCGCCAUUACAUCGCUACCAAGAGCUCCAGAAUUUAUUACAGCAACAGAAUGGGAUCUGCUGAUAGAUGUGGUAUCCAUUUUGAAGCCAUUUGAAAAAAUAACUAUUGAAUUAUCAGGCGAAAAAUAUAUAACAAUGUCUUUAAUUAUUCCUCUUAUAAGAUGUCUACAGCAUUCGCUAAAAAGCCGCAUUCCUAAAACGACCAGUGCAGAAUCUUUAAAACUUGUUUUACAAGAUAAUGUUAGAACACGACUUGGGAUCUUAGAAACAAAUUUACUUUGCUCAAAAGCAACGUUUUUAGAUCCUAGAUUUAAAAAAGCAGCUUUUAGUGUUGCAGAAAAUGGUGACAUAGUUCAAAAAUUAAUUAUUGAAGAAAUAUCCUCUAUUUUACAAAAUAAAGGUGAGACAAUUGAAAAACAGACCAUAGAAACUACAACUGACAAUACUGAUGAUAAAGAAAACAUUUGGUCACACUUUGAUCAAGAAAUUGUCACUUUAAAAAGUAUUUCAACACCAUGCACGACUGCAGCAUUGAUGGUUACACAAUAUUUAGAGAUCUCGCUUGUAGCACGAACUCAAAAUCCGAUUGAAUUUUGGAAGCGCUACAAAAGUGUACUUCCUGAAAUAUAUCAACUGCAUAAAAGAUAUUCAUGCAUUCCAGCUACCUCAGUUCCUUCAGAACGAGUAUUUUCCAAAGCUGGACAAAUUAUAAAUGAACGCCGAAACAGACUCUCUGGGAAAAACCUCGACAUGAUUAUUUUUUUAAAUAGUAAUAUAAAUUUGUUUAAUUAAUAUAUUUGUCAUUUUUGUCAUACAUUUUUACUAGAAUAGUGUAUUUGUUUUAUAAAUAAAUUAUUUAACGUGUA